AUGCAUGCGUCGACCUUUGGACCUCCCCCGAGACCUGGACUCUGCUUAGUCCGGCCUUUUGUGUCCUUUCAGCCGUCAAUCACCUCAUCCUGGAUAGAGGGGAGCUGGGGCUGGCCGGGUUUGGUGCUCACGGAGGCCUAUAGGCCCGUGACAAACGAGCGCAUUACCGUUCCUCCACCCCCCCGGCCGCGGGCCUCUCCCCCGGCGGCGCGGCUCGGGCAGCUCCCGGUGACAGCGGGAGUAAUGGGGGAACACGGAGAGCCUUGUAUUAGCGGCUUAUCUGCGUCUGUGGAUCCGUGCGGCCACUGUACGCCCUGA